UGGGGAAUCCCAGAUUCUGCCUGGGGAGGCAGGGGGUAGUCAACACAGGGUGCACUCGGGUUGAGAACCUAUCAAGUUUGUGUGGCUUCAGAGUCUUUGUGGGCCUUGGCUGAGCUGCAGAGCAGGGGUUGGCAGACUAUGGCCUGAGGCCUGUUUUUGUACUGCCCAUCAGCUAAGAAUGACGUACAUCUUCAUAGGGUUGUAAAAACAAAGAAGCAUGUGCCAGGAUGGGAAUGUGGUCUGCAGUGUACAGGGUCUCUCAGUCUCGGCACUGUUGGCCUUUUGGGUCGGGUCCUUCUUCGUUGUGUGUGCAUGGGGAGUGGCUGUCCUGAUCCUUGUCGAGUGUUUAGUGGCAACCCUGGCCUCUACUCACGAAAUGCCAGUGGCACCCCUCACUUGUGACAACCAAAAGUGUCUCCAGACAUUGCCAAGUCUCCUGGAGGACAAAGCUGUCCCUGGUGAGAACCACUGGGCUAAAAUAUUUACUGGCUGGCCCUUUACAGAACACGUUUGUGGACCCUUUUUCUAGCGAAGCACCUUUGGGAACUUUUCCUGGGAUGGAUCCCACGUGGCCUGAACCACUGAGAUGCUUGAGCUGGAAACUGGUCGUUUGCCCCACAGCCUCAAAAAUGUCUCUUACCCAGGAUCCGCUCAACGUGUCGAAGCCAGACACAAGCUGGUCCUUGGGAGUGGGUUUCUUUUUAAUGUUCUUUUCAGGUUGUGUGUUUUGGUGUCCCUCCGCUGUAUUCUGGUAGUUCAGAAUGAGGUAAUCCUGUCGACCUAGAAGUGAUAAGAAGGCCUAACUUCUUUGGAAGGGUGGUUUGAGGCGCGUCCUGAAGGGACAUCUGGGCUCUGGAAGGCAGAACUGCAGUUUCUUCUCUCUAGAUGAAUAGAUUGGGCUGUUGGAGUGCUGUUAAAGUAGUGGCAGCUACAGACUGCCAAGGGCCCCAGGCUGAGCCGGACACCCCCAGGUCGAAGCCUGCCCCUGGAUUUUGCAGAGCCCCAGGUGCUCUUGGAGCCUGGUCCCUGAAAGGUAAGCAGUGUGGGACGCAGUGGUGUCAUUACUGGACAACUGCUGACGUAGGGCAGGUGACGUUGUCCUUGUCUACGGCCACCUUCCCCCUCUCUCCUUGGCACCCACAGGCACUGUGGGUGGGCACUGUGCAGCCCUCCAAGGGGAGUAAGCUUCCUCUUGGCAAGUAGGCAGAGAAGCUGUGUUCUCAGAGUCAGUGGCGCUCAUACCAGCCUUGGGACGGGCGGUUCCACACGUGAACGGAGUAUACGCUCUGACUCGAGGUUCUGUCUGCGUUGGAGAGCUGUGGGCCUGCUUUCGUGCGGGGAGGGAGCCCCCUUCCUCUGUACCUGCUCACGGCUUCCACACUCCCCUCUGUGUUUGGUGGGCUCUGGGCGUGAGUGGAGUUUCCACUACUACUCUGAGCAACUGAGUGGAUACUGGGGGCGGCAAGAGCUAGGGACUCCCGAGAAAGCAAUUCCUCAGCACCGGAUGGGGCCCUAGCAUUGGCAUCCCCCAGAAGUCCCGCGGGGGACAGAGGACUGCAGGUGGGCAGUUCCUGGACCAUGAGGCAGGUGUGCAGCCGGUUCCCUGCUCACGGAAGCUUCCAGCCCUGGGUUGGCUCUUCCUCCAUCGAUCUUCCCACGGGGGUAACGCAGACCGGGACCUGCUCUCCCCGGGCUCAGUCCGGUGGGGGCGGGGGUCUGGCCGAGGGAGCAGAGGCGAAAGUGGGGGCCUCCGAGGAGCGACCUGAGGCGUCGGGGGCGUGUCCGAGAGGGCCUCGCCAAUGGGGGCCUGCUGCGGCGAAGGCCACUGUCCACCGGGGCUCGCGGGUAGGCGGGGUCGGGGAGGGCGCCCUCCAAUCAGCACGGCCCGCCAUCCUUCCCUGCCAUAGGUGGGGCCGCCGGGCCCGGGCGGGUCUGAACGGACCUCCUCCAAUGUGCGGCGGCCGGGAGGGCGUGGCCGCGGCGCGAAGGCCGGCGGCGGGCGGUGGCCGCAGUUCCUGGCCCUCGCUGGCUCCGGCGGCCGCUCUGCAGCAUGGCCGGCCUGGGGCGGCCGGGCCCGGGAUCCCGCACCGCGAUGCCCGCCUGGAAGCGAGAGAUCCUGGAGCGGAAGCGGGCCAAACUGGCGGCCUUGGGUGGGGGCGCGGCGCCGGGCGCCGGGGCGGGCGCGGCGGAGCCCCCGGGGCCGGCGGCCGAGCGGCUGGUGCUGGCCGAGAGCCUGGGCCCGCUCCGCGAGAACCCGUUCAUGCGGCUCGAGUCGGAGCGGCGGCGUGGAGCGCGGUACGGCGGGGGCGCGGGCGUGGCGGGUCAGGGGGCGCGGCAGGCGCCGCCGCUGCUGGAGCUGUACCGCUGCGUGCCUGGCGUGCGCACCAUCCGCGCCGACAACAUCCUCAUCAUCGAGUCGGCGCCCGGCUUCCCGCCGGCUCCUGCGCCCGAGCCCGGCCCCGGCCCGGGCCCGGCUGCCCGCAUCCGCGCCGCCGAGGUGCUCGUGUACGAGGCGCCGCCGCCUCCCGGUCGCGUCAGUCGCCUGCUCCAGAAGUUCGACCCGCCGGCCGCGCCGUGCCGCCGCGGGAGCCCAGAGCGCGGCCGCCCAGCGCCGCCGCCCUCCCCUGGCCGGUCCGUCCCGCGCGUGGGCGAGCGCGCCGCCUGCUUCAAGCCGGAGCCCGAGCGCUGCGGCUCAAGCCCUGGCCCCGGACCCCGGCGCAGCGACUUCCUGCACAAGACCGGCAGCAACUCCUUCACUGUCCAUCCGCGGGGCCUGAGCCGCAGCGCAGGCACUCGCCCACUCCCCAACGGGCCCGCGGCCCCCGAUCCCCGGGCUGGCGCUGCCAACGGCCUGGCGGGCUCUGCGCCUGGGCCGGGUGAACGGAAGCCAAAGGUGGAGGUGGCGGAGGCCCCUUCCCACCCGCCCCUCAGCCCCGGGACCCCCAGUGCCAGUCCAGCCGCACCCCUGGCCUUGCCCACUCUCAGCCCUGCCAGUGCCACUCCCAGCCAGCGCCAGUGGGUCUCUGCGGCCACCAGCGCCAACGACUCCUUCGAGAUACGGCCAGCCUCCAAGCCCGACAUGGACACCAUCCCCACUGAGGACCUUCAGGCCCGGGCCCUGGCCAACCUUCGCAUGAACUCUGGAAACUCUUUCGUGUUCAUCCCCAAGCGCAAGGCCUCUGGGACCCCCCCUGCGGAAGGGAGGCAGUCCGUGGGGCCUCCGGAGGGAGAAGCUGGCUGGGCUUCCCUGCGGCACCAGGAGCAUGAAGCCCAACUGGUGCCUGGAGCGGAUGGUGUGUGUGCCGGUGGGAGGAGCCCUUUGGGAGUCGAGCAGGGGGGCUGCCCUAGGCCAGCCACUGCCCUUGUGGACCGGGCCGUUAGGUGCCAGCGGCCCUCCUCCCCACCACCGUCUCCACUGGCUGCCACUGAAGCUGAGCCUGCCCAGGGCUUCAAGGUUCCCAGCUUGGCCAAGAAUGGCAGGGAGUCUGGGCGGCCAGGGCUGCCAGUCACCUUCAUUGAUGAGGUGGACUCGGAGGACGAGGUCCCCCAAGAAGCCAAACUGCCCUGCUCUGGGGCCAGUGCGCCUCCCCAGUAUCACCCGCAUCCCUCUGGGCCCGGGCACCUGGCAGAGCUCCAGCACCGAACUGGCAACACCUUCACAGUGGUGCCGAAGAGGAAGCCUGUGGCCCUGCAGGCCAAUGGGGAGGCCAGGCCAAGGGAGGCCGAGGAAGAGGGGCCGGGUGGCCUUUCAGAGCCCCCUGCUGCCCUGGGACCCUCCCUGAAGAAGCGCUACCCGACCGUGCACGAGAUCGAGGUGAUUGGUGGUUAUCUGGCUCUGCAGAAGUCCUGCCUCACCAAGGCUGGCUCCUCGAGAAAGAAGAUGAAGAUCUCCUUCAACGACAAGAGUCUGCAGACCACGUUUGAGUACCCGGCCGAGGGCUCCCUGCAGGAGGAGGAGGCCGAGGCAGAGGAGAGGGAGGCCGAGGCGGAGGACGAGGAGGACGAGGACGAGGAGGAGGGCCCCGGCCCCGGCCCCGGCGGGGCAGCCGAGAAGCCCUUUGUGCUCUUCCUGCCGCGCGCCUCGUUGGUGAGCAGCGCGGGGCCCGAGAGCCCUCGGCUGCCGGCCGGCCGCUCAGGCCUGUCCCACUACACGCCGAAGCACUCCGUGGCCUUCAGCAAGUGGCAGGAGCCGGCGGCGGCAGCGGCAAGCGUGGUGGAGCCCCCGGGCCCGGAGGUCAUGCUCACCCCUGCCAGUCCCAGCGACUUCUCCGACUUCCGAAGCGAGCCAGCCCUCUACUUCUGACCCGGCCCUUCCAGGAUGCCUCCCACGGCCGCUCCCCGCCCUGGGGCCUCACCGGCGGGCCUGCCCUCAGCCUGGCCCGGGGCACCCGGGGCUGCCUGUGGCCACUGCGUGUGUGUCGUCGGGGCUGACAGGACGCUGAGUCCCGCCACGUCCCCCGUCGGCCACUCCCUUUGUGAUGAAUGGGAGUCUCUCUUCUGCCCGAUGAUGGACUCAAUAAACAGCAUUGGGUGAGGCUGC